GGCCGCCAGACGCACCACCACCGCUGCCGGUGCCGCUGCAGCCGGCGGGCGGCACGGCGGAGCCGGCGGGCGCGCCGGUGCCCACGCCGCCCGAGUGCGAGGGCGCCGCCUGCGUGCCCCCGCGCUUCACGUUCGUCGGCUACGGCAGCCGCGAGGAGGCCGACGCCGCCUGCGGUGCGCUGAGCGGCCUGCCGAUGCCCCGCACGGACCAGGAGACGCAGGCGCUGCGCGUGGCCAUCGACGCGGCGCGGGCCGUGGGCAAUCUGUCCGCCGACUGGCCCAACAACACCAUCUGGUUGGGCGGGCACUGGGAGGACGGCGGCGAGCAGGCCGACGGAAAUGCUUCCGGCUUCUGGGCGUGGGACGACGGCUCCAGGAUCGGAGUCCAUGCGGCCGCUGCUGGGAAGCUGGAGAACCUCGGAGCCAGCUCGGCUGAUCAUCAGAACGAGCCGUGGCUGUGCAUGCUUCUGCACGGCGAGUGGCACGACUCCCUCCCUGUUCACCCUUUCGGCAUCAUCUGUCAAGACGACAGUCUCGUGUACGAUUGCACUAGCAGCUCGCACCAGUGGUCGGUGUCCCAGAAAGCAUGGUGCUGCUGGCACACCGGGGCCGGGUGCGGAGACGAUGUCGAUGCCUUCGACUGCGAUGCUGGCCUCUCGAAUUGGGAUGCUGGUUGGUCAGACGAGAAGAAAAGAUGGUGCUGUAAACACAAGAAUAAAGGCUGUGCCGCUGAUGCCGAGUCCACCUCCUCCGAAGCGUUCGAUUGCCACGAGGAGGUCGCGAACCAGCAGACGAAUUGGACGGUUGAACAGAAAACCUGGUGCUGCCAGCACAGGGCCGUGGCCUGCCCAACAACCACCAGCUCCGAGCCGUUCGAUUGCCAGGAGGGGGCAGCGAAUCAGCAGACCAAUUGGGCGGUCGAGCAGAAGUUAUGGUGCUGCCAGAACAGCGGCGUGGGCUGUCCAACCACCAGCACCGAGCCGUUCGACUGUCAGGAGGGGGCCGCGAAUCAGCAGACAAGCUGGCCGGCCGAGCAGAAGAUCUGGUGUUGCCAGAACAAAGACGUGGGCUGUCCAACCACCAGCUCUGAGCCGAUCGCUCCUGCCACCACCUCGCCGCCGUAUGAUUGCGAAGCGGGUUACAACAAUUGGCGCAAGGGGUGGUCGUCAUCGAAGAAGGCUUGGUGUUGCAAGGCAGUCAGUCGCGGAUGCCCACAUGACUGCGAUGCCAGCCUCUCGACAUCGAGUUCGGAGUGGUCCCUAAAGAAGAAGGCGUGGUGCUGCAUGGAGGAGCAGAAGGGGUGUCCAGAUAGCGACGAGGAGAGUUUGGAUGAGCAGAUUGAGCAGGUGCCCCCGCCGCCGCCACUGGUGACGACGACCACUGGGGCUUUUGACUGCAAGGUGGACCAGGUGAAUUGGUCGAGGGAGUGGUCCGAGGCGCGGAAGAGCUGGUGCUGCAGCGAAAGGGCGGUGGCGUGCGAGAGCAGCCAGAAGGGUCGAGGCGAAGUCCAGAAGGGCGACAGCGGCCAGAAGGACGAGGCCGAGGGCGAAGGCCAGGAGGGCGAAGGCGACGAUGCUGGCCCCGUGUUCGACUGCGAGACGGCCAAGGAGAGCUGGCAGAAGGAGUGGGCGCAGGAUCAGAAGGAGUGGUGCUGCCGGGCGAAGGGCAACGGCUGCGAGGAGGCCGUGUCAGCCUCGGACCCCUACGACUGCGAGGCGGGCUGGAGCAACUGGGAGAAGGGCUGGUCCCCAGGCAAGAAGGAGUGGUGCUGCACGAACAAGGGCAACGGGUGCCAGGCGCCCUCCUCGUCCAAGCCUUUCGAGUGCAGCGCCUCGUCCGCGGCGUGGGUCGAGGGCUGGUCGGCGGCCAAGAGAGACUGGUGCUGUGAGGCGGAGGGCAAGGGGUGCGCCACCACCGCCGCGAGCACCUCCGAGCCCUUCGAGUGCGCGGGGAGCACCGCCAGCUGGGUCGAGGGCUGGUCCCCGGAGAAGCGGAGCUGGUGCUGCCAGCACAAGGGCAACGGGUGCCCAGAGUCCACCACGUCGGAGCCAUACGACUGCGAGGCCGGGGUGAGCAAUUGGGCUGCGGGGUGGUCUGCGGCGAAGAAGGAGUGGUGCUGCGAGCGCACGGGACGCGCGUGCCCGUCGUCAACCACGUCCGAGCCCUACGACUGCCAGGUAGCCGCUAACUGGCAGAGCCUUUGGUCCGCUGCGAAGAAGGACUGGUGCUGUGAGAACAAAGGCAACGGCUGCCCUACCACCACGACCUCCCCCCCGUUCGACUGCUCCGAGCGGGACCCAAAAGUGCAGAGCAGCUGGUCAGGAGCCAAGGCGCGCUGGUGCUGCGAGAAGGUCGGCGAGGGCUGCCCAACGACUACCACCUCGCCGCCUUACGAUUGCAAGGCUGGCGCGUCCAACUGGGAGGCUGGGUGGUCGGACGGCAAGAAGGCAUGGUGUUGCGAGAAGGUUGGCGAGGGCUGCCCAGCGACGACCACCUCGCCGCCUUACGAUUGCAAGGCCGGCGCGUCCAACUGGGAGGCUGGGUGGUCGGGUGCCAAAAAGUCGUGGUGUUGCGAAAACGUCGGAGACGGGUGCCUGGUCACGACGACGUCUCCGCCCUACGACUGCACAGCUGGCCUCUCCAAUUGGGAACGGGGCUGGUCGCCCGGGAAGAAGAAGUGGUGCUGUGAGAACGCCGGCGACGGGUGUGCUCCUCCUGACACUUCGAGCCCUUUUGACUGCACAGCUGGCCUGCUCAACUGGAAGACCGGAUGGUCGGACAGGAAGAAGGAGUGGUGCUGCGCAAAUGCAGGCAGGGGUUGCGCGGACACGACAACGAUGACCACGGUGACGUUCACCGCCACCAGGGGCAACCGCGGAGGCCAUGCAGGCGAUGAUGCCCCCCUCACCACGCUGCCCACACGCAUCGCAGAUGCCUCUACGACAGCACAUACAUUCAAGUGCCAGCCCGAGGUGAGUUCGUCGGGGCAGACCGCAUGGUUGCCUGGUGAGCGCGAGUGGUGCUGCCAGGAGCAGGGCGUCGGGUGCCGCUACAACUGCCGGGAGGCGCGCGCCGACUGGGAGGAGUGGACCCUGGACAAGCAGCAGUGGUGCUGCCGCAGGCAGGGGUUCUGCCCCGAGGGCGCGCCCACGGCGACCGUGAGCCGGGAGGCGUUUGCCUGCAGCACCUGGAAGUCCGAGCAGGAUCUCUGGACCAAGGAGAUGCGCGCGUUCUGCUGCAGCACGCAGUCCAUCGGCUGCCCCCCGGCGCCCGGGGCCGCCCGCGCGGCCCCUGCGGGCAUCGAGGGCGUGGUGCGCGCGGACGGCGCGGAUGCGCGGCAGGGCCUCGGGGGUGUGGCGGCCCGUGCCUCCUCCGGGGCCCUGGUCCCGGGGCCGCUGGCGGCGGCGGUGCCCGCGCUGCUGGCGCUCGCCGUCGUGGCCGCGCGGAGGGCGAGCG